AUGCCCCUUUUAAAUUGUAAUAAUUUGAAAGGUGGCGGACUUUCUCGACUUGCUAGCCCAUCUCAACAAAUUUCCUUAAUUGUUUCUGAUAUAAUUGGAGAUCCUAUAGAAUUAAUUUCUAGUGGGCCAACAGUAAUUUUAAAUAAAUAUAGUCAAAAACCAAUGGAAAUUAUAAAUAAAUUGGGUAUAAAAAGAGAACAAAUUGGACAAAAAAUUAUUAAAGUAUUAGAACAAAGGGAGGAAAAAAUAAAAGAAGAAGGAAAGGAAGUGGAUAUUCUAAAUGUAAUUGUGGCUAAUAAUUCGAUGAUUUUGAAAGAAUUGUCUGCUCAUUUAACCUCUGCUGGAUUUAUUCCAAUAAUUGUUACAAACUGUUUAGAGGGAAAUGCAACAAAAUUGGGUCAAUCAAUGGCGAGAAUAUUGGUUAAAUUAGCAACUCAAGCCAAGCAUUUAGCUUUUAAUAUUUCCAACUUUUUGAAAGAAGAGUUUUCAGUAAAUGUGGAUAUUUCUGUUUGUGUUUUUAACGUUAAAAAAAUUUUUGUAACAAUAGACCGAAACGACAAUUCGCCGAAAAGACGAACAUUUUUCGGUGAAUCGUCUUUAAGUGAAUUAUCCCAUUCCUAUAAUUUGGAGAGGCAAUAA